UUUCCACCUCCCUCUCUUUCUCUCUCUCUCUAACGUCUGUGCCUCCAACUCCGCACCCUCCGCUGAUGCAGAAUCAACGCUUCACUUCACCCAGUGGCCAACGGUGAUCUCUCUUCCCCCCCCCCCUCAUGCUGGGAUCGUCCUCUGCGCUCUAAUCCACUGAUCAGAAGUGCUCCGUCUUUCUGGAUCCUUUGCCCUUUUUUCCCCUCCCUUCUCUUGGCUGCAGCAUGAGCGCUGACUGCAGCAGUUACUACAACACUGACGGCGUGUUUGUGGAGGCAUUCUCCUGCCCUAAACCAGGCAGCGCUGCCUUCGCCGUCUACUGUUGCGGCUUUAAUGAUGUGAAGUAUUGCUGCGAUGAUCCCAACAGCUUUUUCCCCUAUGAAUAUGGAUACAUGUGGUGGCUGAGUAUCGGUGCUCUGGUAGGUCUGUCAGUUGCAGCGGUGGUGCUUCUCGCCUUCCUCAUCACUGUCUGCGUCCUCUGCUACCUUUUCAUAGCCACCAAACCCAGUCGCCUUGACAACGGCCUGCCCCUCAGAGCACCAGCUGGAGACCCCAGCGAGGGACCCAGUCAUGAGAGAGUGACCAGUGGAGCUGGUCCACAGGGGUUCAGACAACACAUGAUGAACAGGAAGGUCGACUCUGACAAUGAGCCAUCAGACCCGGAGCGGCUUUUCCAGCGGUGUUUUACUGCCACGGUCACAGGCGUUAAAGUUGAAAGUCCCACCUAGGCCGAGGAAGAGGAACUUAUCUGUGGGAAAAGCAACGAGCGGCACUCAGCUCAAGGAGGCAGCUGAACCUGGAUGCUGUCUGAGCUCCCAGCAAACUGCUAUGAGAGGGAAGGCUGCAUUAAUUGAGAUCAUGUGCCAAACAUUAUAGUCACAGUAGCUGAGUGGAGUAAAUUGCUUAACUUUUGCAGUUAUUGGAGUAAAUCCACAGUACACCACUCUUGAAAGCACUUAUCAUGGCAUCUGGAACUUUUUAAGUGGCUGAUCUUUUGUCCUCUUGGAAGCAAAUAAAGACAGUAUGUGUGGCUCUGUGAAAGGCACAUAAUAAUAUGGUGGAGAAGAGCUCCUGGUGACUCACUAAAACGACAACAGGGUAAAUGCAGACAGAGUUUCUGAUGUUUAGUCAGACCCCUGUGACACUCAGUGCUGUGUGUCACCUUAGGAAUGCAAGGAUAAGGGUGAAGGUUUGCCAUGUAAAAGUUUCUGCACCGAGAUCACCAGUUGUUUCCUCACGAGCUUACAGUGAUGCGUCUUUACAUUUAACUGGCAGACAUCCUCUAUUACCCAUCAACGUGAUGGUUGGAAGGUCAACAGUGAACAAUGGCUUCUUUCACCAGUUAUCACAAUGUUUUUCUCAACCCAAUCUCCUUGAACAUAUCUAAUGACAUUAAUAAGUGUCGUGUGAUGUUAACAGUUUGUGACAUAGUGUAUUUCAGUUAAAAUCACGAGGCGAUGAUGUAAAGAGUCAGCUGACAGCACUGUGAAUGAGCAAAUGAUUUGUGAAACUUGAAUAAAACAGACAGCAACCUCAUA